AUGAACUUCGAUUCUAACUCUGUGGCUUCGAGCUCAACAGAUUCGGGCUCCAGCCGAAUGCCUUCAAAGAAGGAUCGUGGCUCCAUCGCCUCCGUAGCAUGCACCGCCUGUCGUGGUAGGAAGCAGAAAUGCGACGAAGGCAAGCCGUGUGGCUUUUGCGAAAAGAAGGGAACUGAAUGCGUCUACGAUGAUCCUCUACCGACCAAAAAAGACAAAAGCUUGGUUGAACUACUCGAACUCGUGAACAACAUCAACGACAACACCAGUCUUCUACCGCAACUAGUUGCCCAGCUCCAGCAUAUGCGGAUCAGCGUCCCGCCUUCUUCACAUUCCGAGGAAAGUAGCGAUGACGCUUCGUCGACAAGCACUUUGAGAACUCAAGGCCUACCUACCUCGAUACCUCUGCAGCAGAAGCCAUACCGAUAUGUUUCUGCAGUCACUAAGAUGAUGGCAUGGCCUGCAGUGCGACAGAUGCUAGAAGACGCCCAACCCAAAAUACCAAACCUUCAAUCCGCAUUCCAGGAACCCGAUUUUCCGUCCGAAUUGUUCCAUCUGCAAGGACGAGACCAGCGUCUUUCUCUAGGGGGAUUGGAAACGGCGAGCAUACAUGAACGUAUGUCGCUGGGCAUUGCGAUAGACGGAUCAACGCUACAGCUGGCGGGUUUGAGCUACGCCUUGCUUGAAGAUCGCGCCACGACGUAUUUCGAUACCUUCAAUCGGAUUCACCCUGUUCUAGACCGUCGAUAUUUCAUGGAGAAAACACUACAGGACGUUUUCCGCAGUCAGUUUGAGGAGAAUGCGGCAUCUACAUUGGUGUGCCUGGUUCUGGCCCUUGCCGAGGUGGCUCUCGUAGGAGGAUCGGGAGGGGUCUUUCCGGCGUUCGGGGACCAUGAUGUCAGUGAACCUGUCAGGCCAACAAAAGAGUUAGAAUUUCGACCACCAGGUCUUGUGUUCUUCAACGAAGCAAGACGACGUUUAGGGUUCUCCAUGACAGAGUGUGCUUUGGAGAAUAUCCAGAUGUACAUCUUGGCGGGGCUAUACUAUGAGUGCUGUUCUCGGCAUGUGGAGUUCUGGAGAAUGACCAUAUCGGCGUCCCUUGCUUGCCGCGCGCUGAUUACCAGCAACUCUGCCGAGCUUCGCUCAGUGCGCGGCGAUCAGAUCCGCCGCGCUUUUUGGUAUUGCUCCAUCAUGGAAACCGGUCUUCAUUUGGAACUUGAACUUCCCUUAACCGGCCUCGAAAAGCUCGAGGGGAGCAUGCAGUUGCCAACAUUCUCGGCAUUCUCGGCCUAUGCCCAAACUAGUGAUGCGACUCUGAGGCAGAACAUUCAGAACGACAGCAGGUCGAAUUGUGGUGAGAUAUUCCUACACCAGAUUUCUUUGCGAAACUUGGCCUUCAAGAUUCACAGCAGUCUGAGAAGAAUUCUUGGAGGUUCCAUUUCGAUACCAAUGUCGGGUCUGCCUGAUCUGGCCGACUCUCUCCGACAUCUAGUCGACGACUUGGAGUCGCAGCUCGACCAGUGGCACAGCUCUUUGCCUAACGUCUUGCAAUGGGACAGGAGGCAACAGUUGGACGCAUACCAAGCAUCCUUCCAGGUACUUGAGCCUCAGGUUCCUGACCAGCACUUUUACGCGCAGCCGACCUUGUAUACCGCCGACGCCGCGAUGGAGGGGCUGCAGUCCACACCCAUGUUAGGGUACCUCCAUGAUACAAUUUACACCAACUCGAACGAUGUGCUUGAUGCCCUCCUACGGUCCCGAUACUACCAUCUCGAGUACAUGCUGUUUCGUCCUUUCGUCUACAAAGCUCUACAUACACGAGUAGAGGACUUGACCGAGAUCGACUGCACUUCUACCCAGAGAUUUUUACAAGCUUGCCUCCUCUGGCCCAUAAUCCUUCCGCCAGCUGCUCAGCAUAAACGCAUGAUUCCUUGCCUCUACUUCUGGUCGCAGAAUAUCCUCGGUGUACUCAUCUUCUUACACCUAUCCGUCACACAUGACACUCUCUUCCACAUCCGACAGAGCCGUUGCGACCCGGGUUUCGAGGCGGCAGCAAACAUGACGAUCCAGCACGGUAUUUGCUGGCUUCGGGGUCUCAAGGACGAAGACAGUUCUACGCGUUGGUGCUGGACUAUCGUUCAAAGCUUGUAUCCCGAGCAAGUGAUGAUGCAACAGUAA